AUGGCGGAUAAUGAGACCCGUUUAAGUUUGACUCGACCGACGCCUCUUGAUAUUAUUGCUUUCAUUCCAUACGCAUGUUACCAAAUGGAGGCCCAAUUCGAAGUCAGAGUGUUAACACGCAUUAAGAAGGAGUAUGUGAGUGUAUCUGAGAAGAAUAAAAAAACAAAACGUGAAAGAUCUAUCAUGCAAUACACGUCGACCGCGCGCAUGUCUCAAGAAAAGGAAAAAACGGAGUCACAGUUAGCGUUCGGCGUCACCGACCAAAGCCAGCUGGUGCUGAUCACCGCGAUCUGCGACAGCGCCGGCCAUCUUGUCGAACUGCUGUUCCAGCGUACCUCAGUGCCUCAACUGCUCCUGGAAGUCAUAGGCUUUUGUCUUCCAUAUCAGCCAUAUUUGAACAGAAUCACGAUACGCUGGGGAGCUAUUGAUGGUUACAGCAUCUAUGAGAUAACGAAACAUUUGCGACAGUCCCAAAUAACAGAAAUAUGCCUAGACGAUUCUCCGGUUGCGCACUACAAUCAAUAUUUGCUCCUCGAGUAUCAAACUAACUUAAAGUGCUUGAGUCUUGAAAGGUGCGGUUUGGUCGAUAGAGAUUGUAUUCGUAUCGCUGCUCAAUUAGUGUACCCACAGCCCGCAUCUCGUACCCUGCGCGUCUUGUCGCUGGCUUCAAAUACUAUAACCAACGAUGGCGCCAUUGCUUUAGGUUCAAUGCUACGCAGCAACCGACAGUUGCGAUUUCUUAACUUAUCUGGAAACCAAAUUUCAGACAGUGGAGCGGCAGCCAUCUUCAGUAGUUUGAUGGAAUUUCCUAUGACUUAUGAUGAAAUUGUAUCAAAAAGAGCACGAAGUAUAGAAUAUUUAAACAGACAAAAAGAAGUUUAUAUUAAAUGCUAUAAGGAGCUGCUCAAUACUCCCGUCGCAAAAUCAUUGGACGAUCGUGGCAGUGGAAAGAAGAGGAGCGUUCGCCCUAAGCGGCAGAGCACUACAGCUCUCACCACUAAUUCUGAACCACUCGCUCCCUCGGACAAUAUUGCUGCUAAAGCAAAAAAAAUGACAUUUGAUCUCAUUGGACCGAACAACGAAACAUUUUGUGCGAGAGACACUAUACGCAAAGAUUCUUACUUAUAUUCUAUCGGCAAUUUGAGUCUCUCUUACCUUAAUAUGUCCUAUAAUAACCUGGGACAUGAAAGUCUAGUAAAACUAUUAAAGGUGAUCCGAUACCAAGAGAGUUUAAAAUGCAAAACAGAUGAAGUUGGAUUGGUCCGAGUUAUGGUGGAGGGAAAUCCGAUGCCAAGUAGGAGUUGUGAACUGGAAGCCAUACAAGACUUCACUUACUGCAUCGGGAUGAGUGGAACACAAGUUAAAUGUGAAAAGCUCAAACCUAUGAAACUUGGUAGAAGAUAG